UCUCUACAGAGCGGCAGAGGCGGAAGACGCCCCCCCGCCCGAGUCCUCCUUCAGCUCCGCGUUUGCAACCUAGGAAGGCCGCGAGCGGAGGGGGUUCCUAACUAUGAACUCAGUCCAAAUAUUUCUGCUGCAGUAAGAUGUCUUCAGCACCACAGCCUCCAGAUAUUCAGCAUGAAGCACCCAAAGAGAAAGAUUAUCGAACUCCGGGACUCCGAGGUGUUCGAACUACUACUUUGUUCCGUGCUGUGAAUCCAGAACUUUUCAUUAAACCUAACAAAGCAGUCAUGGCUUUUGGCCUUGCAACAAUUACUGUUUGUGUAGCUUACAUUGGGUACUUGCACGCACAACAAGAAAACAAAAAGGAUCUCUAUGAAGCUAUUGACAGUGAAGGAAAUAGACUUAUGAAACGUAAGACUUCUAAAUGGGACUAAAGAAACUGAUUGUAAAUAUUGAUUUAAAUACCAUCAUGGAAGGAGACAUUUGGUUUUCUGAAUUGUGACUUUCAGGAUUUUGUCUGGAGGAUCAGCAUUUAUUUUUAUGCAAUGGUGAAUGCUUUUUUUGAAAUGUCCAGUUUAAAUAUCAGUAUGGAAUGCUAAAUAUAUUAAUAUUUUGAAUAAAGCGGCAUUAUAAAAAAAGGAGUACUGUAGAAUAUGUGCAACUUACUUCUACCAUACAGUGUCAAUAAGUGCUUUGGAAUUAUUGCCAGAAGUUCUCAGUCUGAUUUUUAGAUUUAUUGUUACUUACUAUUGUUACUUACUAAAACUCCAAAAGUAGUUCUAAAAUGUGUCUUUUGUGCAGUCAUCCAACUGUGCAACUUUUUAAUAUUCAAAUAUUAAAUAAGGGAAAGCUGUGCAUAGUCUCUUCCAAAUUACUUUAUUUAUGAUUUAGUAUUUGAAAUUAUUGAUGAAUUGAUACUUUUCACUCAAGACAAUAAAACUAAU